AUGCUGUCCGCACUCCGAACUGUCGGAGCAGUCGGCACUCGUCGACUCGCUUCGACCCAAGCGAUCGCCAGUGCCAGCGAGGCGCCGAAGGGUAUUGCCACAACAGGUUUGUUCAAAUUUUCUUAUAAAAUUCCACUUCACACGCUAUAAUUUGAGCGGAAAGUGCUUGUUUUUUAACCAGAAAUCGACAAUUUUCGACAUCAAAAGCUCAGUAAACCCACUAUUGUCUGGCCAGUCUCUCAGCCAGACUGAUAUUGUCAUUGAUCUUUCUUUUUGUCAUCAGCUUGGGAAUGUUAAUCCUCUCAUCGCAUCGGAUUUGUCUUGCUUCGGUCCCCAUGGAUACUAAUUUGAGACCAUUGAUCACUUUUUCACGUAAUUCUGUUUUUUUGUGACGAAACGAGCUCGGGACAGCUGGAAAUUUGAACCAAAUGAUCAAGUUUGGAGCUUUUGUGUGUUGGUGCCUCAUCUGAAUUAGGUACAAAUGAUACAAUUCUACGGCGGAGUUGAGCUACAUUGAAGAUAUGCAACUAAGUUGCCUGUCAAUCUGUAAAGAUGAGACAAGAGGUCUCUUCAUUCAAAAUUCCCAGAAAUCUCCUUUGAACUACCCCUAAAAUUGCUCAUUUCGCUUCAGGAACGCCAUUCCUGAAUCCGUCGUCAAAAGCCGAAUACGCGUUGGCGCGUCUCGACGACGUGCUCAAUCUGGCGCAACGUGGAUCCAUCUGGCCGCUGACGUUCGGACUCGCGUGCUGCGCCGUCGAAAUGAUGCACUUCGCCGCGCCGCGAUACGACAUGGAUCGAUACGGAGUCGUGUUCAGAGCCUCCCCGAGACAGGUAUGGCCGAGGGAAAAUGAAGAAAUCAAGCGUGGGAAUUGUAUGCGGAAAAACAUGUGCUCGUUGAGCUGGCAAUACUAUUUGCCACAAAUGCGAGUUUGACUGACUUCCACUCAAUUGUUCCUACUAUUUUCACAUUCCACAAAACUUGCAGGCGGACUUGAUUUUCGUGGCGGGCACCGUGACGAACAAGAUGGCGCCGGCACUCCGCCGCAUUUACGAUCAGAUGCCCGAGGCGAAGUGGGUCAUUUCGAUGGGCUCGUGCGCGAACGGAGGAGGAUACUAUCACUACGCGUACUCGGUGCUCCGCGGAUGCGAUCGCGUCAUUCCCGUCGACAUUUACGUGCCCGGAUGCCCGCCGACCGCCGAGGUUCGAUCCUUUAAAGAAAUUGUUGCUUUUACUGCGAUUUUCACCGGAGGAAAAACGGGUUUCCUGCCGAUUUUUCAACAAAUUCCGUUGUUUUGUGAACAUUUUCACACUCGGACGCCCUUGACCAGUUUGAAAUGCGAACCGCGCGCCUGUGUUCGUCUUUUCAAGGUCGUUCGAGCGCAAUUCAAUCAAUUUUCGACGAAAUGCCUCUUCGUUUCCCAUUCAGACGACCUUGACGACGGCUUUGUGGGAGAAAGUGAAAUUUUUGCGCUCGUUUUCACUGAUUUAUCUGUUUUUUCGUGUGGCAAUCACAAUUCCUUAUAGGUUUCGUGUGAUCAAAAGUGUAAAUUAUGCAACAUUUGUGUUGAACAGACAAUAUAAUUUAUGCAAAUAACGCGCCACCACUUUCGACUCAAUUUUUGGUCCCUAGUUUUUUGUUCAAAAUCUUUCGCCAAAUCCACCUAAAUUCCGUCGUUUUUUGAUGAAAAAUUGACCUUCGAUGCUCCCAUAAAUCUCCUCUGCUGUGAAAGUGCGCUCCAUUGAGAAGAGCGAGACGGCCCGUGUUUUGCGGCGAAGGAUUACGAAAGUGAGUGCACGUGCACCCAUUUAUCGAUUGAUUCGGACGGGCGGCACGCACGUGAUUCACACGAGAAAAGGAGAGUGAAAGAGAGACGGGCGGUUCGGCAUUGUUUUGGCUGAAAUGCUAUGCAAUUUGCAUCUGGAAUUUUUGAUGUUGGAGUAGAAACUGGUUUUAGGCUGGUUUUACCCUCUUUUUUCACAUUUAUCGUAAUAAAUUUGUUUGCAGGCACUCCUCUACGGAGUUCUCCAACUUCAGAAGAAGAUCAAGCGUAAGCGUGAGGCCCAACUCUGGUACAGACGUUAAAAAAAGAGAGAGACAAAAGGGGGAUUUUUAGCGGUCCCCCACGAGUCGGAUAUUCUAUUUCUCUCUUUUUGCUCCUCGAUUUUCCAGUAG